GAAUCCAGAGGAAUUUCCGAGGAUAUUUUUCUUCUUUUUUUCCCCCUCCUCUUGAUAUUCAAAUUUAAAAGUUGGAGGCGAGGCAGCGAGGACCGUGGUCAAUGAUGGACGAGCAGCCUCGGUUGAUGCACUCCCACGGGGUAGGCAUGGCCGGACACCCCGGCCUGGCGCAGCAUAUGCAGGAUGGCACGGCGGGGACGGACGGAGAGGGAAGAAAGCAGGACAUCGGAGACAUAUUACAGCAAAUAAUGACCAUCACAGACCAAAGCUUAGACGAAGCACAGGCGAGGAAACAUGCACUGAACUGCCACAGAAUGAAACCUGCUCUCUUCAACGUCUUGUGUGAAAUAAAAGAGAAAACAGUGCUCAGUAUCCGUGGCGCCCAAGAGGAGGAGCCCCCAGAUCCUCAGCUGAUGCGACUGGACAACAUGCUGCUGGCGGAGGGCGUGGCCGGGCCGGAGAAAGGCGGCGGGUCGGCAGCUGCUGCAGCCGCCGCAGCAGCCACGGGCGGCGUCGGUGCCGACAACUCAGCAGAACACUCUGACUACCGGGCCAAGCUGUCUCAGAUCAGACAAAUUUACCACACAGAGCUGGAGAAAUACGAACAGGCGUGCAAUGAGUUCACCACCCAUGUGAUGAACCUGCUGAGGGAGCAGUCUCGCACACGACCCAUCUCGCCCAAAGAGAUCGAGCGCAUGGUCAGCAUCAUCCACCGCAAGUUCAGCUCCAUCCAGAUGCAGCUGAAACAGAGCACCUGCGAGGCCGUCAUGAUCCUGCGCUCGCGCUUCCUCGAUGCCAGACGAAAGAGGAGGAACUUCAACAAACAGGCGACGGAGAUCCUAAACGAGUACUUUUACUCCCACCUCAGUAACCCCUAUCCCAGCGAGGAGGCCAAAGAAGAGCUGGCCAAGAAAUGCAGCAUCACAGUGUCACAGGUAUCAAACUGGUUUGGUAACAAGAGAAUCCGAUACAAGAAAAACAUCGGCAAGUUCCAAGAAGAGGCCAACAUGUACGCAGCGAGGACCGCAGUCAGUGCAACAAGUGUGUCUGCUCAAGGCAGCCAGGCAAACUCCCCAUCGACUCCCAAUUCAGCAGGUUCUGCUGGCUCUUUUAACAUGUCAAACUCCGGAGACUUGUUCAUGAGUGUGCAGUCCCUCAAUGGGGACUCGUACCAAGGGGGGCAGGUUGGGGCCAACAUACAAUCCCAGGUGGAUACCCUUCGCCAUGUUAUCAGCCAGACCGGAGGAUACAGUGACAGCCUCGCAGCCAGCCAGAUGUACAGUCCACAGGGCAUCAACACAAAUGGUGGCUGGCAAGAUGCUCCGACUCCUUCGUCAGUGACAUCGCCCACAGAAGGACCCGGAAGCGUUCAUUCGGAUACUUCCAACUGAAUACAUCCAUCUCUACACCUCAUCUACAAAAACCAUGGACUGACCUUGCUAUUCGCAGUAUUAAAGAAAGGAAUUCACUGCCCCACAGUUUGGAGAGGUACUGUGAAUUCCUAACCAGAAAAAAAACAAGUAAUAUUUCCUCUGCUUAUAACGUUGGACAUUUGGGAUACAAACAAAACGUUUGACAAUAAAAUUCAAAACAAUACCACGAUCAAUAGAGACGUUUGUACAGAUUUCACAUUAUAUUCAGAGGGCUGGGGUUACAUAUUCACUUGUAAUGUUUUCACUCAUAAUGAUGAAAUGAUAUGAUAAAGUAAAUAAAUCAAAUCAUUGGUUUUAAGUGAAAAUACUUCAUUCUACCUCUCAGCCACUAAAAAAAAGUAGAAAAAUAUGUCAGUGACCAUUAUUUGUUUUGUAAAAAUGAAACUUUUGUCUUUGCAAGCAAGAGGCACAUCUUCUUACUUACAUUUUGUUGUCUCUCACCUAUUCUAUGGUACGCCAUUUAGACUUAAAUAUUGCUCAGUUGUUUACAAUGUGUGCUUGAUAAAAGUAUGUCCAUCUUCCCCUCUGUCUCCGAUGAGUCAAAACAGAGUUCUGUCAGGAGAUCUUACCUCUAAGGUAACCCUGUGAAGUAUGUUAUCUGUAAAACAAUAAAUAAAUACUUGUCAUCAAAUCGGACAAGCUUGACAUCAUUCAUUAAGAUGGAGGAUAUAACAACCUAAAAGCAAACUAUUUUUUAACUCUGUUUGUUUUGGUUCUGCAGCAUAUUGGUAGAGUUACAGUCACAUAAUUGCAGGAUUCACUGAUGCAGCGAGAAAAAAAGAGGAAUUUUGCUCUAUGCUGGACAGGGAGAAAACUUUUCUUUUCAUUUACUUGAAUGUUUUAUAAUAUUUCUUAUUAUUUUCCACCUCCACCACUACAGAAGAAGUUAUUGACGAUGCCAAAAUGCUGAUUUAACCAAAACAAAAAAACUGUCAAAAAAAAAGUGUUUCAUCAUGAAGUCAGUUGUAAUCUAUUCUUUCAUCAAAUAUAAUCAGUAUUAUGUCUUUUUCUUAUCAUUUAAAUCACCAUCCUCUGUCAUUUAGCUCUGGUGCUACAACCAACUGAGUAACACUGUUCCAUUGAGAGAAAUACGAGAAGAAAUAUCACUUUCUACGGAAGAGAAAGUUUGUCAAGAUCGUCUGUAACCGAGUUUGUUUUUCAAUACAUGAACCACAAUCCACUUAAACAGGGAAGUCAUUAUGUUAAUAGAGUUUUAUGGUGGAUCUUUGCUCCUGAAUCUCCUGAAGCUCAGGUUCAGAAAUGCUUCAGCAUGGAGAGACUGAUCAUCGCCACGAAACAAGCAUCCGGCUGUACCUGAACUGCUGCUCAGCUCUAACGAGGACUGUUUGGUGUAAAGAUAAUGUUACCUUCCUCAUUUUAAUGAAUGGUGUCCUCUUCUGGACGCUUAUUUAAAUAUAGGACAUUCAAGUCAAUAUAUUACUCUGCUGGUACUGCUUUAGUAACCCUAGAAUUGACCCCCAAACAAAUGUAGACAUUUGAAUUCAUGCUUGUCUCUGUACUAUCAUACUGAUUUUUAUUUUUCAGUAUAAAACAUUUAUGAACAUUGUAAAUGUUACCCAUUAAGCACUAAAGAAGACAAGUCAUUAUGUCAAAUAAUGUGUUUUCUGAGCAGUCUAACCUUGUUUAUAGACACUUUUUAUGUUGUGUGGCUUAUUUGUAUUUUGUUAUUUUUUUAUGGUAUGCUUAAUGUAGGCUAUUACUUUUUUUUUUUGCUUACCCACUCUCGUGAAUUGGCUCAUGAACUUUCAACAUGUGUUUAUGUGCACCAUUGUGCUUGACUUGCUUUGUUGGAAAGGGUU